AUGGAUAAGCAAAUGAUUUUCAGCUUUCAAACUCAAAAACCUAAAAUCAGAGAGUAGGUUAAGAGACUUGAAUAUUUUCAAUAAGAAUUGUCGUAAAUCUAAGAUCUCUCAAGAUAAAAUAGAUCGAAAAGUUCGACGGAUAUGCAUAGCAUCACUACAGCAGAUAGUAGACAAUAUUAAGGGUAUUAUGAAGAAGUAUCUGCCUUUGCUUUGCCAAAAAAAGAUAUUUUUACCCAAUCUUUGAAUAAAAUCCAAAUAAAUUAACAAAACAAAGAAAUCUAAACUGAAACACUACCCAAGCCAAAAUUAGAGAUUCUGCAAGAGAAUGUCAUGCAAUUACAAUUACAGAAGGAGGAGAUCUUCAAUUAGAUUAAGACCAUAAAAAAGGAGAAUGGAUUAUUAAUCUCUUAAAAUAAAUCAUAUGAAAUUGAAAUAAAUGCAUAGAAGAACAAAAUAAAUGAGCUAAUGAAUGAGUAAAACGAAAAAGAAUAGUUUUAUUAACAAACUAUGUAAUAGUAGAAUUGGCAAAUCAAGUAAUUAACAAGUGAACUCUAAUAACUGUACAAUAAGCAACAACAACUUAAUCAUUAUGAAAUUAACAAUGCAAUCUAAAUGUUGAUGGCUUAAUUUUCAUAGGUGGAGUAGGAUAAUAUAGUUUAGGUUCUGAAGGAAGCGAUAAAGAUCAAUAAAAACGAGAGACUCUAAGUGAUUUAAGAUUGGAUCCACGUUUAGGAUAUAAAGGAAGAAAUCAUAUAGUUAAAGAAACAUCACAACAUCAAAUUGAAAGAAUUAAUGGAGUAAAUAAAAAUACUGUAAAACGACUAAAUAAUUGAACCUGAAUUGUUGUCGACAUAAGAGUCAUUGCAACUAGUAUCAAACAUAUUGUAUAGAGCUAUAAAAAGUAAUGAGAUGCUGAAAUUAAUUAAACAAAAUACAAGAAUGUAUAACUUGAUUGAAGAUUUAUGGAAUAAAUUGAAAUUUCGGUUGGAACAUUCCAAUUUUUCAUAACAGCAUAUCAGAACAUCGUCUUUAAAUAAGGUUGAUUUAAACUCAACAAAUAAAAAGUUUUCUUCCAGAAAACUAUGA